AUGCUGGGGCUUGGAGGCUGCGUCAUGCUGGGGCUUGGAGGCUGCGUCAAUCUGGGGCUUGGAGGCUGCGUCAUGCUGGGGCUUGGAGGCUGCGUCAUGCUGGGGCUUGGAGGCUGCGUCAUACUGGGGCUUGAGGCUGCGUCAGUCAUGUUGGGGCUUGAGCUGCGUCAUGCUGGGGCUUGGGGCUGCGUCAUACUGGGGCUUGGAGGCUGCGUCAUGGGGCUUAGGAGGCUGCGUCAUGCUGGGCUUGGAGGCUGCGUCAUGCUGGGGCUUGGAGGCUGCGUCAUGCUGGGGCUUGGAGGCUGCGUCAUGCUGGGGCUUGGAGGCUGCGUCAUGCUGGGCUUGGGAGGCUGCGUCAUGCUGGGGCUUGGAGGCUGCGUCAUGCUGGGGCUUGGAGGCUGCGUCAUGGGGCUUGAGGCUGCGUCAUGCUGGGCUUGA